AAAUCACAGUGCGAUCAGAGUAAAAGCUCAGAGUAAAAAGCCCGGUGAGAUACAGUACAAACUGUGCGGGAACCGAAACGUCAGUACAGAGCACAAGCAAUCUUGCUUUACUGGGGCAAAAUGUUGGGCUGUUAGUAAGGAGAUACUCUUCGUGUUUUAAAGGAAACCUAAACCUUUCAGACUACACAGCGUGACCUGGUCGUGCUGCACUUUUGACUUUCUUAAUGUACCAGAGAUGUGAACUUAUGGGCGGGGAGACUGCGGUCAGUCCGGGAGCUACAACCCGGUCGCUUCCUGUACUCGGGCCAGCAGCGUUUACUGACAACGAGCCGCACUCGGCCAGCAUGGGCGACUUCGAGGAGAUCACCGAGGACGAGGUGAGCGAGAUCCGCAGGGCUCUGGAGGACGAGACCCUGGCUGGCGCCGCCGCCAAGAUCCAGGCCUACCUGUCCGCGCUGGAGCAGGUGGAACUGAGCGUGGCCAUCACCGGCGAGUCCGGCUCCGGGAAGUCCACCCUCGUCAACGCCUUCCGCGGGCUGGGCGACGAGGACGAGGGCUCCGCCCCCACCGGCGUGGUGGAGACCACCAUGGAGCCCACCGCUUACCCCCACCCCAAGCACCCCAGGGUGACGGUCUGGGACCUGCCGGGCAUCGGGACGCCCACCUUCAAGGCCGACGAGUACCUGCAGCAGGUGGGGUUCGAGAAGUACGACUUCUUCAUCAUCAUCGCCUGCGACCGCUUCAAGUCCUGCAACGUGCAGCUGGCCACACACAUCCAGCGGAUGAGGAAGAAGUUCUACUUCGUCCGCUCCAAGAUCGACGACAACCUCCGGGCGGAGAGCCGGAAGAAGGGCUUCAGCCAGGACAAGACCCUGGAGGUUAUCAGGCAAGACUGCAUCAGGGGUCUGGAGGAGCACGGCCUGAAGGCGCCCAGCGUCUUCCUCAUCUCCGGCCACGACCUGGGGAAGUACGACUUCCCACUGCUGGAGGAGACCCUGGAGCAGGAGCUGCCCAAGCACAAGAGACACGUGCUGCUGCUCGCCCUGCCCAACGUCACCCUGGAGAUCAACCAGCGCAAGCGCAAAGCCCUGCAGGCCGGCAUCUGGAAGCUGGCCACGCUGUCCUGCGUCGUGGCCACCGUGCCCAUCCCCGGCCUGUCGGUGGUGGUGGACGUCGCCAUCCUGGUGUGCGAGAUCCAGCGGUACUACGAGACCUUCGGGCUGGACGAGCAGUCCCUGAGCAGCCUGGCCGAGAGGGUGGGCAAGCCGGUGGAGGAGCUGAAGGCUGUGGUCAAGUCCCCGCUGAACAAGGAGAUAUCCGCCGACGUGGUCAUUAAGAUGCUGACCAAGGCCGCCGGCGGAGGGCUGAUGCUGGUGGAGUACUGGGUCAGCACCAUCCCCGUCUUCGGGUCCAUGACGGCCGGCGGGAUCUCGUUCGCCACCACCUACCACAUGCUGAAGAGCUGCCUGACCGAGCUGGCGGACGACGCCCAAAACGUGCUGAUGACGGCCCUGGAGUCGGAGGUGUGAAACGCAGCAGGAGUGACAUCACGGCUCCUCUUGAUCCAGGGGGGCUGAGCUGCUGUAGCUAUUGGCUGGGGGUCUGAAGGGGGUGUGGCAGCGUUACUCUGCAGACUGGCCGUGGUGUGAUGAGAUUGUUAUUCACCAGCUGAAAACGAACAGCAGUGAGUUUUCCAAAGUGCUCUUAAAAUAUUGCCUCAUGCGAUGGUGUUCCAGGCCUUGUGAUGUCACAGCGGGUCAGAGGAACCUCUGAUGUCAUAGGGGUGUGCCAUGACAUCAUAGCUUCUCUCAUUGGAUCCUACAUCAAAUUACAUAGAUGAAAUGAAAAAAAACAGAAAUGAAAUGACUAAAUGACGUUUAUAAUUCUCCUGUGAUAAUAUUCUCUCCUAGUCGUCGUUCUCUCCUCGCCUACUCGGGCUCUAGUUUUUUGGGGCAUAAGGGCCGAUGUAUUAAUGCAUGAUGUCAUGAUGUUUUUUUAAGCAAAUUAUAUUCCAAAUAAUAUUGUUGGAUAAAAUGAAAGCAGUGACUUCUGUUUUGAUCUUUGCUCUUAAAAGUCUUUAGAAUAGAGCUGUUGGUGUGUGAUCUUUGUGUACUUUGUGUUACUUGUGAGUAAUAGGAAAACUCAUGCAUCUCUACUUUAAUAUCCUUAAACAAAACAAAUAAAAGUAAAUAUCUGCAAAGGAAUAUGAGGAAAGUAGAAAUAACUUACAGCAUUUAAUGUCUUUUUAGAUUAAUAAUACUCAUGGAAGUGCUUGUCUGUUGCAUUAUUUGGAAAAGUGUUACGAGUUCUGUUUAAAAGACAUACAUUAUGAGAGGAAUACGGUGAAUUUUAAAGAUGCAAUUGAUUUUUAAAAGUUUUGUACUUAAAGAUUAAAGCAUGUAGACUUUAAGUGGAAUAUUAUUUGUUCCUGUUGCUAAUUUUAAAGUGCAUAGUUAUAAUUAUGUGCAUUUGCAGGGAUGUUGGGAAGAUCAAUAUGUGUUGUAUUCAAGCUCUUUGAAAUAAAAGUUUAAAUAAAUGGG